ACACUAGUCAACUAACUCCAGAAGAUGGCAGUAGGGCAACAUUUGGGAUGCAAGCUGCCGUUAAAUCCCAAUGGAAGAAGAAGAAUAAAAACGAGACGAAACCAAAUAAAACAACACCUGUAAAACUGAUGCAAACGCAGUUUAUGACACGGCAACGAAACUGUUCUCGUUGCCGAUCUGACACGAGUCACUAGCCUAUAAUCAGUUAUUGAUGGAAAGAAACUGUCUCGAGGAUCAAUGUAAAAGAAAUUGUCAAGUCAAGCCUUGAGAGACAGCGGACUUCCUGUUGUGCUAUGAGUGUGGGUGAUGGAGGACAGUCUAUGUGGGGACUUGGACUACCUGGUCCAAGAUGAAGACACCCUCAUCGAAGGUGUCAGCAACCAGGUCUUAUUGGUUGUGGUGCUCAGUAUCACCUUCCUUGUGGGCCUUCUCACUCUGCUCUGCAGACAAGAGCAGCAGAACAUUCAUCCGGAGAAUCAGGAGCAUGUUCGAGCCGUCCGACAACAGCUCCAAACAGAGCAGGACGAAAAUCCUCAGGCGGAGGCCAGACAGCAGUAUUACACAGACAUGUCUUGUCCUGUGUGUUUACAGCAGGCUGUUCUGCCUGUGGAAACCAAUUGUGGACACCUUUUCUGUGGCUCCUGCAUUAUAGCCUACUGGAGGUAUGGCACAUGGCUGGGUGCAAUUCACUGCCCCAUCUGCCGACAAAUGGUAACGCUGCUCUUCCCACUAUUUCAUGAACACACCGCUCCUCAGACGGUCCAGAAUGGCGAGGGGGAACCGCAGCUGAUCUUAACAGACAUUAACGAUUACAACCGCAGGUUCUCAGGCCAGCCAAGAUCUUAUAUGGACAGGCUGCGAGAUGUGCCCACCUUGCUCCGUCAUGCCUUUAGGGAGAUGUUCUCUGUGGGAGGCCUCUUCUGGAUGUUCAGGAUUCGCAUUCUUCUCUGCCUAGUGGGAGCACUCACCUACCUGGUGUCGCCGCUUGACAUCCUCCCUGAGGCACUUUUCGGUCUGCUGGGAUUCAUGGACGAUUUCUUUGUGAUCCUACUUCUCUUUGUGUACAUCUCUAUCAUGUACAGAGAGGUGGUCACGCAGAGACUGAAUGGCUAAGUGUUUGCUCAUGAAAGAGGCCUUGGCUUGCUCAUACCAGGCUCUGGAAGAGUGAACACGGCAUCUGAGGUGGGCAGGUAAAGACUCAAUAAAAA